AAAUAAAAAUAUUUGAUAUUAUCUAAGCACCAAGCUUAACCUUAAAUGUGACUUUUUUCUCAAAAUAUAAAUAUUUAAAUGUAUUGAAUUAAAUAACUAGGAGCAGCAUGACUGUAUUUAUAUCAAGAAUAGUGUCAAGGUCUUUCCGUCACGUAUCGAAAACAGUUGUACCAUGUAUAUCAGAUUGUUUACCGGCAAGAACUUAUUCAUUUCAGAAAAAAAAUGAUUUAUUUUGUGAUAGACAGCAGUUUUGUAGAAAAUACUCAGAUGAUAAUAUUGUACCAACGACUAUGGCGAUGGACAACACUUGCUUACCCUUAAAAAAGAAAACGGUUCACAAAAAACCUGUAAUCGAAGAUUUAAGUAAAAAAGAGGGGCAUUUCUUAACUUUAGCUUAUGCCACCGCAUAUUCGUAUGACCUUAAGGGUUUAAGGGAGGGUUUGUUACAACAGAAGCUCUACGAGCCGGGAACGUUAAAAGCACAAGAAAUUGGAGAUGUGGUGGUUGCUAAUGCAGUUUAUGCAAUAGGCGAUGAACCACGGGAGAUCAUUUUUUUCCGGGAAGGAGCAGUUGUUUUUUGGAAUUGUACAGAAAUGGAAGCUAAUAAUGUAUUGGAGUUUGUGAAACCUUAUGAAGAGGAAAGCUAUCCAACAGAUGUGGUUAAGAGGGAGAGAGAGGUCAUGUCAUACCAAUACCAACCUACAGCAAAGAGAUGUUAUCUUCAAGAAUCGUGUUUCGUCUUGGUGCCAAAUAAUGAUAAUUCGUUGGAGAGGUAUUCCUUCAGCCACGCCAUGGCGCAGUCGGCGCGGCUGGGCGCGUGGGAGGCGCGGCUGGCGGCGCUGGCGGCCGACGUGCGCGCGCACGCCGCCGUCAUGGAGCGCGACGGCGCCACACACGUCGAGAAAAAAGAGGUGGUCCGUAAGCUAGGCGAGCUGUUCUCCCUCCGGCACAGGUUGAACGUAGAGUCCGAUCUUCUCGACACACCGGACUUCUACUGGGAGGAGGAGAGGCUGGAGCGACUGUACUCCAACACCGUGGCAUACUUCACCAUACCGAGGCGCACCAGGGUGCUGAACGAGCGCCUGUCGCACUGCGUGGAGCUGCUGGAGCUGCUGUCGUCGUGGGCGGCGGACCGACACCACGUGCGCCUCGAGUGGAUGGUCAUCGCUCUCAUCCUGGCGGAGGUCUGCUUCGAGCUGCUGCACUGCUGCGAACGAUACCUGUUCGACUCGCAUCAGCGGUAGUCUUCGAAACCCACCUUAUUAUUAAAACGUAUAUAACUUAUUAGAGUAAGACAUACUCUAGGUAUAAAUGGAUGACGAGUUAUGUGUGACAGCAGCCGUUCUCAACAAAUUGUUAAUUUACUUACACUUUUAACAGAUAGCGUUUGACUUUUGUUAAUUAUUAAAAAAGCCACAGUUCGAUUUUUAAAAAAGUUUUAAAAAUAUAUGUUAUAAAUAUAAAUUGCGCGAGGAAACAAUUCGCAAUCAGAAUAUUCCAUUUAUAUUAUUUAGAUUUUAAUUGAAAAGUUAUUGGAGUAAGUUCAAAAUAUAUAACAUAUUACAUAGACAAAUGAUGUUUAGAUAGUCUUAAAUUAAAUGUUAUUACUUAGUUCCGUUGUUCAUGAUUUUUCAUUAUGAAAUAUAUCAAUAUGAUAAACAUUUCCAUACAUUUGUGACAUACAUUAACGAAUUUUAUACAACAUACAUAUAAAGCCAUUGCACCAAGUAUAUUAAAAUUUAUAUUUUUUAAAUAUUUAAUUUAAGAAGAAACAGAAAUGUCAUAAACGUGACAUAAACUAGUUUUCUGUGUUAUCUUCAAAUCCAUUUUAUUAAAAACUGUAAAUAUAAACUUUUUAAAUUGCUUUAUUGUUAAAUAAAUAUAAAAUGUUCUCUCAUAAAAAUAUAAAACUCUCUUAAGAAAGUGGUUGAGUCUAUUUUUUCUACUCUGUUUCAGCAUGGAUUUAUAAUACCUUUUAUUGUUAUUUUUUUGUUAUAAAUAUAUUUUUGAUUGCAAGCAUUUGUUAAAUAUGCAUUUUAUUAAAUAUCACUGUAGUAAUUGACUCAUAGAGCUUCUUGCACACGAUAUAGGUGAGGUCUUAGGUUCAAUUCCGAAUGUUUUGCAUUUUUUUAUAAGAUUCAAGGUACUGAAAAUUAUAAGCAGAUUCUUUUUCUAUAUUAUUAGCUAUUUAAAUCGAAGUUAGACUAUUAGAAUAAUAGUCUUUAAAAACGCAACAAACCAAAGUUAUCUAUAUUUUUUUGGUAUUAUUAAGGGUUAAAUAUUUUGAAAUUUAGUAGAAUAGACUGCAGUGGGUGCCAUUUAUGAGAAGAAAUGUUAUAUUUAUGGUUAUAUAUAUUUGCAAUAAGUCUAAUGCCCAAUUAUGUCACUACUAAGAAGUGUCCUUCGCUGUUCACUACUCCUGCCUGAUAUUCUUGAAGUUGUAUAGAGUAUAACCUUUCUUAAUAAAUAAGCUAUUUAAUUCAAAACAUUUUAGCUGGUCUAACUUGAGGUUAGCACAUUAAAACAAAUAAUUUUUUCUGCUUUAUAUUAAAUAAGUAUGGAUAUUAUAUCGAUACCUGAAUGUUAUGUAACAUAAAAAAUAAACGGCAUUUACUGGUAACUAUAAUUUAAUUUAAAGGAAUUGUUGAA